AGCUUUCACAUGGCACUUGCGCUAGACUGUCCAGGGUGUUCAUCCUCUUGAGCUUGUCUGUAUCCAGGCAGAGAGUUGUGACCACAACAGGCCUACUAUAUCAGAGCCACAUCCCUCAAGGCUGAAGUAUGUAGAUCCUCAAAUCCAACUCGACUAUACAAAGUCCGCUCUUCCAACUCUCACCACUCGACUUUUUCUUUCCAUCACACUCCAUCCUAUCCAUCACCUUGAUACAGACAACAUGAACAGACGCUCGGGCUAUUCAUGCUCAUGCUCCCCACCUUCCUCGCACAAGCACCAUGCCUCAUCGCAUCCCACCAGCAGUGCAUUCAGUGCCAGUGCAAAUCCGGAUGAGGACUGGACCAAGAUCACAGAUCUUGCUGAGCGAAGGAGAAUUCAGAACCGCAUUGCUCAAAGAAACUACAGGAAGAAGCUGAAGAAGCGCCUCGAGGAUCUGGAGCGUCGGGCUGCGUCUAGCUCGACCUCGCCCUCACCUGAAGUCAAAUACGUCGAUCUGGAUCUCACAAAUCUAUCUGGCUUCAAAGGUUCUCCGCACAUGUCCCAUAUACAUGAAGGUAGUGGUGUCGAGAGCCGCAGCUAUACUUCGAAUGGAUAUGACUACCCUUAUUCGCAAGCGCCGGAUGACAAGAGAAUGUUCUCGUAUCAACACACACGCCAACUCUCAACGUCACCGCCGCCAUUGUUCAGCUAUCAAGCCUACCCGUCUAUCGAACAAGGCCAAUUCGCAGCCUCAAUGUCGAACUACCUAUCUUAUCCUCUGCCCGUCUCUUCAUCAUGUAUGGUGCCUUCCUCGACCAUGACCUACCAAACAAGUAUGCCCGCUACGGUGAAGCCGGAAGUUUACGAGGAAGACGACAUGAACCCGUUCAGCUUGAGCUAUGCAUCCAUGGCUGGCGUGGAUGUGAACAACCAAUUCAGCUACCAUACACCUGCCAUUCACCCAGACUCCAGCGCUGUCAGAUAGCUUCGAGCAUUCAACGACUAGCUCUCCACCUUACGACUACAUGAACUUUCCACGCACCCCCCCUUCCACAACCUUUGACGCCACCUCUUCGGGUACGUGAAGGUCACAAAGAAAGGCAUUGAUACCAUUAAUGAUACGACGAAACGAGAAUAAGACAAAACGACACAGUUUACUCGGGAUAUUGCAGACAUCUUGCGAGGGCGCAGAGCGAUGCGAACUAUUAGGGGAUACCAUACUGUCGCUUGCUAGUGUUGGCGUUAGGGCGCUAGAACGGAUGGAUCACGGCGCAUUUACUUGGUUCAAAUCCAGCUUUGUCUUAGUUGUUCCUCAAGAAAGGAAACAUCACCACUACCAAAUGUACAAUUCUUCCCAAUCAAUUCACUGCAACGGGCAUAUCAUCUCAAAGGCUCGGUAC